GUGCUUCAAAUGCCACCCUCAACGUUGCUCGCUUGCGAGAGAAGGCGAGGAAACAGUUGACUGACGUAUUAGACUCUGUUCGGGGCAAAAAAUGUCUAGUGUUGGAUUCAAACUUGAGCGGUCCAUUGAGUCUUAUUGCCGAAUUUUCCUUAUUAAAGGAUCACGGAGUGGAAAAAAUUCAUUAUCUCCAACAAACUGCUAUAGAAACAGAGCUAAAGAGUAUAAUAUAUAUGUGUCGUCCACAACUACAAUACAUGAAAUACAUAGCUGAUCAUGUUAAACAUCAUCAACUCGAGCGAGCAAACAACGAGGAUGAUCUCGGACAGAAAUAUGAAUACCAUUUGUACUUUGUCCCACGCAGGACUAUGAUAUGUCAGAGGGUCUUGGAGGAAAAAGAAUACCACCUGGACCUGAUUCCUUUCGAAGAUGAUGUAUUAUCUCUUGAACUAGAUAAUAGUUUCAAGGAGUUAUACUUGGAUGGAGAUUACACGGCAAUCUACUAUGCUGCAAGGGCGUUGAUGGAGUUGCAGAAAGAAUUUGGUUUAUUUCCGAGGAUUAUUGGAAAGGGUGAUUGCGCAAAGCAAUUAGCUGACAUGCUAAUUCGAAUGAGACGUGAGAGAGCUGUCGAUGAUCCAAUCUCUGCCUUUUCCGUCUCGCCCAGCAUCGACACUCUUAUAAUUAUCGAUCGGCAAGUGGAUCAAAUAACACCACUUUGCACUCAAUUAACAUACGAAGGGUUAAUUGAUGAAGUGUUUGGCAUCAAGACUACUGUUGUCGAGCUUGAUUCUAGCAUAGUGGGACCUCCACCACAAAGGCCAACUGCAGCCGCGACUUCAACCGCAUCGUCAUCAACAGCAUCUCAGGCGCAGCCGCCCCCGCCUGCUCAGCCUGCAGCGAAAAAGAAGAAAGUGCCGUUGAAUUCUGGUGACAAAUUGUUUUGUCAAUUGAGAGAUGUGAAUUUUGCUGUUGUCGGUGGUAUGCUUAAUAGAGUGGCUAGAAGGAUCAAUGAGGAUUACGAGGUAAGGCAUCAAGCAAGAACAGUGGCUCAAGUAAGAGAAUUUGUAAACAAACUGGGUGGCUUACAGUCUGAACAUCACUCCUUACGAAUGCAUACUGGCGUAGCUGAGGAAAUAAUGACGUAUACGGUUACCCAAGAGUUUAACCGUGCUCUUGAAGUCCAACAAAAUCUUGUUGCGGGCAUCGAUGUCAACACCCAGAACGAGUAUAUUGAAGAAAUGAUUAAUAGACAAAUACCUCUGGUACAGGUGUUAAGACUGCUCUGUCUGCAAUCUCUAGUCAACGGAGGAUUAAAGCAAAAGACGUUUGAAUUCUUUAAGAAAGAAAUUCUACAGGCAAGGACUAGUGAUAAAUUUAGAUGCUAUCAAGCUAUACCAUUGACAUUUACUCACCCGACUAAAAUAACGAAUACCCAACAGUCAACGAAAAACCCUUAUAAACACAUCCGCCAAUUUCUCAAGUUAAUAGUCGAUGAAGUCGAUGAACACAAUCCGCACGAUAUUUCGUACGUGUACUCUGGAUUUGCCCCAUUGAGCGUGCGAUUAAUACAAUGUGUCGUGACAAAGGGCGGGCCUACUGCAUUGGCUCAUCCCACUCACGUCAACGCUGCUGUUGGAGCUGGGAAUUCGGCAAACGGAAUGAAGAUUAAUGGUUGGAAAGGAUAUGAAGAGGUGCUAAGGCUGCUCCCUGGGAAAUCUUUUGACGAAAUACAAAAGAUUGACGAUGGGGCUAUGAAAUCCAAGAGAGGACAGCAACCACGAGUGACUCUUGUGUUUUUCUUGGGGGGAUGUACAUAUACUGAGAUAUCGGCAGUGAGAUUCCUUGCCCAGCAAGACGAAGGUCAACGUGAAUAUUUGAUCGCCACGACUCAGAUAAUUAAUGGCAAUAGUCUUUUGAAUUCUGUCAUCUCAAGGACAAAUCCGAGCAAUAUCAAUGUUGGAAAUAACGCUUCUUAG